AUGUAUGAAGGCCAUGACAGAUAUAGAGGCUGGGAUGAGGAUACUGGAGGUGGUGUUGAUUUAGAUGAGGGUGGUUCUACCGGUGGUCUUGUUGAUGAAGAAGAACUAUUACCGACUGGUGACUUCAUCAACUGGUUUCCCGGAGCUUCUCAAACGCAUGGCACAAGUCAUACUUUCCUCUAUUUAUUCAACUCAGACGAGAACAGCGUGCAUUGUGCAACCAAUCUCUACUACCCAUUCAGUGGCCUGAAAGAUUGGGAACUUGCGUCAUGGCUGCUUCAUUCGGGAUUAAGCAUGAGGAAGAUAGAUAGCUUUUUGUCACUUCGGAUGAUUCAGGGUCUUCCUCUGUCAUUCUCUUCGGCCAAGGAACUACGAGGCAGAGCAGAAAUGCUGCUGAGUGGUCCAUGCUGGAUGUCUCAAGUAGUUGAGACGGUCCAUCCAACAAAAUCACUGGUCAUAUUGUAUUGGCGUGAUCCCUUGGAUUGCAUCUCCAACAUCCUCAACCACCCAUCCUUUCACGACUGGUUAGACUUUACGCCCCACAAGGUGUAUACCAUGGCACAGCGGCUGUGCCGCUGUCAUGCAUGA